GCUACGACCCAGACCAGCAAGCCAAGCCGUUCUUGCAGGAGUAUAACAUCGACCUCAAGAGUUGCGGUCCUAUGAUCCUAGACGCUCUCAUCAAGAUCAAAGAUGAGGUCGACACGACACUGACUUUCCGAAGAUCCUGCCGUGAGGGAAUCUGCGGCUCUUGUGCCAUGAACAUCAAUGGCAAGAAUGGCCUUGCUUGCUUGCUCUACAUCGAGCCCAGCAGCAAGCCGAUCGAAAUUCAGCCGCUUCCGCACACCUACGUCGUAAAGGAUCUUGUUCCGGACCUCACGAACUUUUACAACCAGUACAAGUCCAUUGAGCCUUGGUUGAAGCGCAAGGACGUCAAAGCCAAGGGUGAUAAGGAAUAUUUCCAGAGCCGCGAGGACAGGGCCAAGCUUGACGGGAUGUACGAGUGCAUCCUGUGCGCUUGCUGCAUGACCUCUUGCCCAUCCUACUGGUGGAAUCCAGAGUACUACCUGGGCCCAGCUGUUUUGAUGCAGGCCUAUCGUUGGAUUGCUGACUCCAGGGAUCAGUUCACUGAGGAGCGUUUGGCAUGGGUCAACGACACCAUGAAGCUGUACCGAUGUCACGGCAUCAUGAACUGCACAAACUGCUGCCCAAAGGGAUUGGACCCUGCAAAGGCCAUUGUCAAUCUCAAGGAACAGGUAGCAGAAACCUACAAGGAUGGCUGGAAGUCUAUGAUGACAGAGCAAAUUGUCAAGAACAAGGGCCGUGAGUCCGGUAUGAUGUACAUGUGAGCGGCAGAUGCUGUCGGAUGCUGUUAGUGUCUGACAGCGUAUCCGGUGUAGCCUUCCUGAGACGAAACCAUAGGGCUGCAAGACAUGCGAGUGGAAGAUGGUGAAAGUGGUUAGAAGCCGACUUGAAACCUAUAUGGUGAUCGAUCUAAAGGUCCUUGUAAG